AUGGCAAACCCACAAAAUGAAUCUCAAGAGAAAAAGGUUAAGAAACUAGAGAAAUACUUAAGGAGGUUCAAGGCUGCGGUUCUCCCCAUUCCCAUCGGGAAACUUAAGGCAACCGAUAAGAGAAAAUCAACCGACUCAACCUCGAACCAAAACACACAUAAAUCAACCAACAUCGAAAAUUCAGCUAAGAAAAACGAGACAGUCAUAACAGUCAAAGACAAACCAAUAGUUGAUAUGCCAAUCACUAAGAAUUCUGGUGAGAACUCGGAAACCGUUGAGAAUAUCAUGGACAAUAACCAAAACAAAUAUUCAGAACCGACCUUAGUACCAGCUACAUCUUUUCUCUUGUUAAACAGCCACGACAUAAUUAUUCCUUUGAACACCGAUUCUUUCACUUGUCCUCAAUGUCACACCCCUCAUUCAGUCCAUUUUGUUCGUGAGGAUACCGAACAAGGUGAAUCGAAGGAAAUUUACAUCUGUUUAUCACAUGGUAAUCAUGGUUGUGGAUGGGAAGGCAUUCAGAAACCAGAUGAAAAUGAAAUCCAUGAAAACAUCACUGCCAAUAUUGGCUUCAAACCGUUGAGACUUAAUUGA